AUGGAGGAAAACAUAAAUAACAGCAAAUAUUUUGUAUGGGACACAUUCUUAGUUUUCCUCGUGGUGUUCCUGGUGGUCACCACGGUAGGAUGGUUUUUAACUAUGCCACCCAAACGAAGUAAAAGUAUGUACUCAAGUAAAAAUAAAAACCAUUUAAAAUUGAUCUAACACCAAACGAAAACGUAAAAUAUGUACAAUUUUGAUAAAUAUGCCAACAAUUGACUUAAACCAAAGGUAUAAUGAAUAAAACACAAUUUUUAAUUUUCUCGUCAGCGCGAUAUAAACGAAUUUCGAAUGCUCCGCAUAAUUUAUACAUAAUUAUAAUAACAACUUUAUAUAUCUGCAGCAUAGAUGAUAAAUUCUACGGAAAUUGAAUUAUUAUAAUUUGUUUUGUGUAAUCUGAUUUUAAAUAAUAUUAUGCCAAUGAAACGAUAGUAUUCUGUGUGUUUCUAAUGUUAAUUUCAAUGUAUCACUUUGAUCGUCCAUGUACGGGUUAGUUGUUUAUAAUCAUCUUUCGUUUUCGGUUUUUGCAUAAUAAUGUCGAGUGAACAUCGCAUCGGACGGGAUAAUGUGUUAUUGCCAUAGAUAACUUAAUUUAUUCAAAGUAUAUUAUAAUACACUAGGUAAUUACACCAGUCUUUGAAAUUAUUAAUCGAUUUUGUAUGUAAUUAAUUUCGAAUUCUCUCGAAUACUGUACUCGCUAAAACAGAAAAAAAAAACAUUGUAUAACGUACCAUGGAUAGGCCAUUGUAUUAAGGGAACUUCAGUGGCGCAUUUCAUAGGGUAUACAAGAAUCGAAUAUAAUUGGCAUAUUUAAUCUAUCAUACGACUUAAUAAUUUAAAUUUAGUUAAUUCAAAAUAUUUUCGUGUUUUCCAGUCAAUCAGUCAAAUACCUACUUAACCUCAGAAUACUAUCGUCACUAGUCAUAAUUCAAAUUAUUCAAUUUUUUGUUUUUUGUUUUUUUUUUUUAAAUAAAAAAAAAAUAUAUUAUAAAUUACUCAAUGAAACAAAUUUAAAAAAAUUAUGUCAUUUUUUUAAGGACAUUUUUUACCAUAAAAUUAAUUUUUAAAGGCCUUUUUUAGGUUUUUUUUAGAGCAUUUUCGAUAAUUUUUAGUGUAUUUAAAUCCGGGCACUAAUAAUAAUAUCAAAUUUCCAACAUAUUUGACCUUGGUAUUUGUAAUUUAUAAUUAAAAAUUUCAUUUCAUUUUAUCAAUUUCACGUUUAUAAUCUUAUAUAAUCGCACUAUCUUUUCGUUUACUUCAUUCAAUUCACACGUUUUCUAAAUAUUAAGUACACAAAGUUUGAUUUUAGUAGUUUUUGAUUUUUUUCCUCAUUUUUAUAAACACUUGAUUGCAUUCCUUAUAUAUGUAUUAAUUUUAAUAAUUUUCAUGGUUUCAUAUUUAUUACUAAAGACUUUGGCAAAACAAAUUAAUUUUUGAGGGGUAUUCCAAAUAUUACAUUACUGAUUUUUGGCUUUCCCUAGCAAUUUUCAAAGUGUAGUAGCAUUUUGAAACUAAUAAUUUUUCCACCUGAAAUGCAAGUAAUCAAUACCUGAGAUUUCUACAAAAUUUAUUUUGUGACAUAUCUGUCAACAAAUUCAUCAACUAGUUUAACCGUUUAGCGAUUUUUUUUAAAUCCGAUCGGCCGGAGUUCACAAAACGUAAUUGAAAAAGAGCAAUAAUUUUCAAAACACUUAUAUAAAAAACAGUUUACAUAUUUUGUAUUUGGUUUUUGUGUACAUGUAAUGUAGUUUCCAAGACCCUCGAAUCACAACUCAAUGACGAUAACAAAGAGAUUGUCGAUAGAUUUUUCAGGAUGGAAGAAUUAUCGAAAGACGAUACAUCGACCAAAUACGUGUUGGAUUUUUCGUACUCGGAAAAAGGUGAAACCCGUUUCUAA